AUGCGCGUAGAGCUAGAAGCUGCACAAGAAGAUGCGACGGCCGCCCGAGAAGAAGUAGUCAAAGUGACCGACCAAUGCAACGCCCAGAUGGCCGACCUUGAGACCGAUGUGCAGAAAGUGAUCCAGAAGCUCGAGGAUCGGUUGAACGAACGUGAAGCCGAGGCUGCCCAACUUCGAGAGCGGUUAAUUGACCGAAGUCGGGAUGUUUAUCACGAGCACGCAGAAGAGCUAGAAUUAGAGCGUCAGCAUGCUUCCAAGUUGGAAGCGGAGGUCACACAGCUUACUGGAGAGCUUGCUAUUGCGAAUGGAGAGAGCCGAAAUCUCAAGGCCGAACUGCGAGACUUGAAGGCUGCGCUGAGGACCGAACAGGCAGGGGCCAUUGAGCGUAUUCAAACUCUCGAAACGGAGAAUGCAGAGUGGGCCAAGAAGGCGCGGGAGCUCGAACAAGAAAUCGACGAGUUGGAUACAUUCGCUCACGAACGAGAUGUCCUUGUGCGCGAGCGAGACGCUGCGCUGAAUGACAAGAGUCGAAUCCUUCGCGAACGGGAUACUGCUAUUAGAGAACGGGACGAAUUGCUGGAAGAUCAGGAUGAGCUUAUGCGAGAAGGAGGCGGCUCAGAAGGAGAGGCCGAUGCCCGAAUUGUGGAGGAUGCGGAGCAGCUCAAGUCACUGCAAGGAAAAGUUACCUCUCUGGAACGUGAACGAGCUGACUUGCUUGUCAAUCGAUCUGUUCGUGGUCGUUCUAGCACCGAAGACCGAAUCCCACUUCACGAGCAUGAAGCUCUCGUUUCGGAGCUGGAGGCACAACUCGACGACGCUCACCGGGAAAUCCAACUGGAGAAGGAAAAGGACGUAUUGCUUGAACGGGUUCAGAAUAUGCGGUCCAACAACUCUGCUGGCGGUUCGGACACAACUGGACGACUCACGCCAUCAGGAAGCUUAGGAAGCUUAGCAUUGAAUCGCCUGGCGGCAAUGAAUCUCAGGACCCCAAAGACGCCUGGGGCGGCCCUUAAAGAGCCAUCAUGGAUGAACCAAACAACUAUGCACGCACUUGGAGAUGCCGAUGCUCUUGCCGCCAGGCUCAUAGAGGUUGAUGCACAACUUGUCGAAGCCAAUGAGAGCAUUGACAAAAAGCUUGACAAGCUCGAAGCAGCUGGUGCUGAAACGAUCAAUCUCACGAAGAACCUAUACCUUUCGAAGGAAAAGAUCACCAGUCUCGAGAGGGAAUUGGCGAGACUUGAAAGGAGAGAAGAACGACUUCUCAAGAAGCUUCAGAGGUGCAGGUGCACAAAGUGCCAUAUGCGUUUCGAUGCUUCCGCUGUUGCUCAGUGGGCUGAGGUCACGUCACAUAGUGUUGAUGAUCUUGCUACUGAACCCCCCACCCCCGAAACCAAGACUACACGAAAUCUUCAAUCAGCCUUGGCGAAUGCCAAUUCCGAGCUUGAAAAAAUGCGUUCAGAAUGGCAAAAAAUAGGGCAAGAGAAGGCUGCAUUACUAGAGGCAGGUCGGCAAGAGGUUCAACUGGCACGCCAGGCGGAAGCAGACAUGAAGCGUAAACUCGAAGAUGAGCGUAAACGUGUGGUUGAAGCCGCGAAAGGUAUCAAGGACGAGAAGGAGAGGGAGAAAGUCUUGGCUGAUAUGGAGCUUGAAAAGGCCAAAACAGCUAUUGCGCAGCUCGAAGAAGAUCUAUGUGCAGAACGUGGGAAGUUACGAUCGUUGGCUGCAGAACAUUCGCGUGUGACAAGGGACAAGACGGAUGUAUUAGCUAGACUUGAGCGGACGAAUCAGGAUAUGGAUGUGGUGAAAGCCCAGCUCGAAAGGUUCAAGAACAAUAACAAGGAACUAGAAAAGGAGCUGAGGAGCAAUUCUAUUGCUGAAACCAAAGCCCGCCAUCUCGAGGCCAGAUUGCAUGAGAACAACUUGCAAAUCGACACACUUCGCUCCGAGCGUGAAAUCUUGACUCGCGAUCAUGAGCAACUCAAGAAGCGCUUUGCUGAAAUCACGGAGCGUGCUGAGGUACUUCGUCAGCGGAACGCAGAAAGCCAGUCCGAGCAUGAGAAACGACAGCACAAACUCGAUAUGCAAGUUACGGAGAUCGAGAACCUUCGUAUUCUCCUGGCCGAGCGCGAAGCGGGAAUGAAGACAUGGCGACUGCUGUGCAAACAGCGCGCGUCAGAGGCAGAAAGACUGGGCACCGACAUCGAGCACUUGAAACUGGAGCGUGCAGACGACAAUGGCAACGAAAAAGAGCGGCAGAAACGCGCACGGGAGCAAGCCCAGACUCAGAUGAAAGCUCUCAAUGAUCAAUUGCAAUCUGCGAAAGACGCAGCUAUGCAACUUCACGAACGUCUGAAAGACCAUGGUGCAGCUCUAUCGCCUGCCGAGGUCGAAAAACUCAAGGCCAUGCACAACAAGGAAUGUAAGGGCCUGGUACAGCAGAUUGGAUAUCUUAGGUCCAAGUUCCACCGAGAAUCAGAGAUGCGCGAACAUAUGGGUUGGCAGAAGCUCUACUUGAUGAAAAUACUGGGCGUUUACGCCGAAUCUGAGCCAAACAUCGAACGUGCAUUGGCUCGGCAAGGCUUCCCUCAUGAACAGCCCACCAAACCCAAACGAACUCUACGCAGCGUCGGCUAUUUGGUAUGGUGGAUGGUCAGGGUCAAGCGUUUGGCAGAGGAGUGGCGAGAAGCAAAGAAAUCGAGGCCGGCUAUGCGCGCUGCCCUCGAAGAUGUCCGCCGCCGCCGGCCUAAGUCUCGUACUCGCACAUAG